CGUGCGGGCAUAUCCUGGUGGAAGCUGAGCGGGGGAGGAGGAGGAGAAAAGAGAAAAAGCAGAGGAGAAGCAGAAGAAGAAGAAGAGCAAUGGCGGCUUCAGUGAUGGCGUCGGUGAGCCUGAAACCAGCUCCGUUCACGGCGGAGAGAUCGGGAGUGAGGGGGCUCCCUUCGCUCGCCAGGACCUCCUCUUCCUUCAGAGUGGAGGCCAAAGGUGGCAAGAUCAAGACCGACAAGCCUUAUGGAAUCAGUGGGGGAAUGAACCUGAGAGACGGUUUGGAUGCUUCUGGGAGGAAGCCUAAGGGAAAGGGUGUUUACCAAUUCGUCGACAAGUACGGCGCCAACGUCGACGGAUACAGUCCCAUCUACGAUACAAAGGAUUGGUCUCCAACUGGUGAUGUCUAUGUUGGUGGGGCUACUGGAUUGGCCAUAUGGGCUGUGACCCUGGCUGGGAUUCUUGCAGGAGGAGCACUUCUCGUGUACAACACCAGUGCCUUGGUUCAGUAGACCGAGACAUUUUAAGUUAAUUGUACUCUAGUAGCGAACUUCAAGUGCCCAUGUGCCCUCAACUGUAUUUGCCACGGACACCGCAGCUAUUUUAUCAGGAGCACUGUUGCGCUUCAGCAGCUGCAAUUAUACUGUUGUACUUGUAUGUAUGUACGCGCUGAACUGAUGCCUCGGGUGCCGUGCAAUGUUAUCAUGGUAUUGUGUAGUA